CAUCUCAUACACUAUCUCUUCCCGUUCCUGGACAUCUUGGACAGAUUUUGACUGGAGCAUUCAAUGGGCCGCUCUUGUGACCGACAGGGAUCUGAUAUUGGAAAGGUCUGUCUCGAAACGGCAUGGACUACCCUCCCGCUCGAUCUCGUCUUCCCUCCCCCGCAAAGCAUGGAGCUUGGAAGCACUUCACCUGCUUUUGUUCGUCCUGAUUAUAGACAGCUCUGGGCGGGUCGUCAGAUUGGCGUUAUUGGGGUGCUCUCUGAUGAGCCGCAAGCACCGCGGGUCGUGAAGGGCUCCCGUGUGGCUGUGUCUCUACAAUAUUGCGUGGCCGGCCAUCGCUCGUUGACAUAUGCCCCUAGGGACCUGCUCAGCCAAUGGAUCGAUAUCAUUCCGAUCUCAACACUCAUACUGUAUACCGGCGUGCAUCAUAAUCGGCGGAGUAUUACUAAAGAUAAUCUUGAUCUAGUCUAUCUUCCCGAGCGUUCCUCCUGCUGUCAGCGCGAUGUCUGUCUCAUCCAAUAGCCGCUGGAACGAUGCGAUCAGCAUAUGGCUUUU